AUGUCGACCGCCGAGCUCGCUUCUUCCUACGCGGCCCUCAUCCUCGCCGAUGAUGGUGUCGAGAUCACUGCCGACAAGCUCCAGACCCUGAUCAAGGCUGCCAAGAUCGAGGAGGUUGAGCCCAUCUGGACCUCUCUGUUCGCCAAGGCUCUUGAGGGCAAGGACGUCAAGGACCUGCUCUCCAACGUCGGCUCUGGCGGUGGUGCUGCCCCUGCCGCUGCCGGCGCCGCUGCUGGCGGUGCUGCCACCGAGGCUGCCGCCGAGGAGGCCCCCAAGGAGGAGGAGAAGGAGGAGUCCGACGACGACAUGGGCUUCGGUCUCUUCGACUAA